AUGGAAGACCAUCCAGAAAACCCAAACUCACAGCCUCAGUCAAAAAGAUCAAGCACAGCACAAUUUGGAGCAAAGUACGGUUGGUCUUGGGUUUUGCCGGGAUCAAUGAGAGCUUUGGCAGAUACCUGGCACACUCAGCACUUCUCUCAAUCAGGCAACUACAUAUGGAAUUUAAUCCCAGCAGCUAUCGUUCACACAAUCUGGAAAGAAAGAAAUUGUAGAAGGUUUGAACCUACACACCUCUUCAAAACUGAUAAUGAUCUCAUUUUGGAAGUCAAAACUUUAGUUCUAAUUUGGGCUGAGGCUGCAGGUGGAGGUGAAGGUGGAGGAGGGGGUGGGGAUGGAGGUGGAGGUGAAGGUGGAGGAGGGGGUGGGGAUGGAGGUGGAGGUGGAGGUGAUGGUGGAGGUGGGGGUUGGGAUGGGGGUGGAGGUGGGGGUGGGAUGGAGGUGGAGGUGGAGGUGGAGGAGAUUUACAGCAACACUGAUCAUACCAUUUAUACCAAGGUCUAG